AUGGGCAAUCGAUUUGGAGCAGUUCCACGAAAGCGAGAAAAACCGGAGCAUGCGGCGUUGAAAGUAUCGAUGAAACGGGUCAAAGGGCUAGAGCACGUCAACAAGAUGCCAAAUAUUAUACCUCGUCGUGGUUGCCUUCUACGUCUUCUGAAGCAGAAUCGAGUACAUGACUACCUGCUUCUUGAGAUGGAGUUCAUCAAACGACAAAAUCAGUUCAAAUCUUUGGAAAGCCAGAAGAAAGAGGAGCGGAAAGUCGUUCAGCAACUCCGAGGGACACCGACAACUCUGGCAAAGGUGCACGAACUGUUCAAUGAUGAACAGCAUGCUGUUGUCGUCGUCGAAGGCUCAAAACGUGAAUGGUUCAUACCCAUACUCUCGAUUGUUGAUAAGGAUCUGCUGCACCUGAAUGCAUUGGUAAUGGUGAAAGCCAGUGGAAUGUUCAAGAAUGUACCGACAGCAAUCGUUGGCGUGUUGCCUGAUACCACAGACUCAUGCGCGCUGGGGCAUAAGCUUGACAAGCCACCCAAGGAAACAUUCGAGGAUAUCGGCGGCCUGGAAGGGCCCAUUCAAGAAAUCAAAGAGUCUGUUGAACUUCCUCUGACCCAUCCGGAAUAUUACGAAGAGAUGGGGAUUACCGCUCCCAAGGGGGUGAUUCUCUACGGAGAACCGGGAACUGGGAAGACAUUGCUGGCGAAAGCUGUAGCGAAUUCCACCUCUGCAACCUUUAUUCGAGCUACCGGGGCAGAUCUUGUACAGAAAAACUCAGGAGAUGGUGCGAAACUGGUAAGGGAACUGUUCAAAAUGGCAAAAGAGAGUGCUCCAACCAUCGUGUUUUUGGACGAGAUCGAUGCUGUUGGAACUAAGCGUUUCGACACUUCCAGUAGAGGCGAGCAAGAGGUACAACGAACUCUUCUGGAACUGCUUAAUCAGUUGGAUGGUUUCGAAAGCAGAGGAGAUGUAAAAGUCAUCCUGGCAACAAAUCGUAUUGAUUCGCUGGACUCUGCUCUUCUUCGACCAGGACGUAUUGAUCGAAAAAUCGAAUUGCCAAAACCGGACGAGAAAACAAGGCAGAAGAUCUUUCAGAUACAUACAUCUGGUAUGAACUUGGCCAAAGACGUGACGUAUGAUGUAGUAAUGACGCAAGAAGGAGGGAAAACGAUGUCCGGGGCUGAAAUCAAGGCGGUUUGUACUGAAGCCGGUAUGUUGGCGUUACGUGCUCAGCGGAAAGUGGUAUGUGCUGCCGACUUCGAGAAGGCCGUGAAAAAUGUGAUGCUCAAGAACAAAGGCGGUGCUCCUGAUGAGAUCUAUGGUUGA